UAACUCUCAUAGUUAUACAACCAAAUAUCUUUUCAACCCCCGAUUCCCCUUGUCUACUUUCUCUCUCUCUAUCCAGCUCACCACUCACCUCCCUCUUUCCCACCGCCAUUCUCCUCCGCCGUAAUAACCUCCAUUUCCCGGCGAAUUUUCGGUUAAACUCCAAUAUGCCGUCUAUUCCCUGUUAAUCAACCAUCCUUUCUCUUUUUCUAUCUCCUCUUCUGAUUGGCUUGGCCAGCAACUUUAAUUUUAAUGUCAAUAUACGACGCCGCGUUUGUGAACUCAGAGCUCUCAAAACCCACUUCAAUCUUCGGCCUUCGAUUAUGGGUUGUCAUCGGAAUCUUCGUGGGGUCCACCAUCGUCCUCCUCCUCUUCCUUCUCUCACUAUGCAUCACUUCCCGCCGCUCUCACAACAACACCAACAACGGCAAGCUUUCUCACUCCUCUAAUAAUCAUCACAGUAAUAAUGCCGUUGCUGCUGAUGUCACUCCACCAAUUUCAAAGGAAAUCCAGGAAAUAAUCCCGGCCGCUCAUCACAACCAUCACCACCACCGUCCAAUUAACGCCGCCCCUGAGAUCCAGAUCGACAUCGGAAAAUCCGAACACCGUGUUGUGUUCUCCGACAAGGCUCCCUCAAGUGGGGAAAGCUUAAGGUCUAAUAAUGUUAAUCAUUAUAAUUAUGGGAGUGAUAAUAAUAACAGUGGGAAUCAGCAUAAUACGACGUCGUAUGGAGGUCCAGAGGUUUCACACUUGGGUUGGGGAAGAUGGUAUACUUUGAGAGAAUUAGAAUUGGCUACGAAUUGCUUGGCGGAUGAAAAUGUUAUUGGUGAAGGUGGUUAUGGUAUUGUUUAUCAUGGUAUAUUGCAGGAUAAUACUCAAAUUGCUGUCAAAAACCUCUUAAAUAACAGGGGUCAGGCCGAGAAGGAGUUCAAAGUGGAAGUUGAAGCUAUCGGACGUGUUAGACAUAAGAAUCUUGUUAGGUUGCUUGGGUACUGUGUUGAAGGGGCUUAUAGGAUGCUAGUGUACGACUAUGUUGACAAUGGCAAUUUAGACCAAUGGCUACAUGGUGAUGUUGGUGAUGUAAGCCCUCUCACAUGGGAAAUCCGAAUGAACAUCAUUUUGGGAACAGCCAAAGGGUUGGCCUAUCUUCACGAGGGUCUUGAACCCAAGGUUGUGCAUAGAGACAUCAAAUCUAGCAACAUACUUAUUGAUCGGCAAUGGAAUUCUAAAGUUUCUGAUUUUGGUCUUGCUAAGUUGCUUGGUUCUGAGAUGAGUUACGUAACAACUCGUGUCAUGGGUACUUUUGGAUAUGUAGCUCCAGAAUAUGCUUGUACGGGAAUGUUGACUGAGAAGAGUGACGUUUAUAGCUUUGGAAUACUUAUCAUGGAGAUAAUUUCAGGGAGAACCCCUGUUGAUUACAGUCGCCCACCUGGAGAGGUGAAUUUGGUAGACUGGUUAAAGACAAUGGUAGGAAACAGAAGAUCCGAGGAAGUGGUAGAUCCUAAACUGCCUGAGAUGCCAACUUCUAAAGCAUUGAAACGCAUUCUUUUAGUUGCUCUUAAAUGUGUUGACCCAGACUCACAUAAGAGGCCGAAAAUGGGGCAUGUUAUCCACAUGCUUGAGGCGGAUGAUUUGCUAUUCCGUGAUGACCGUCGAGUUGCGAGAGAAUCGUCCACUCCAAUUCAUGAUCAUCCACAAGAGAAGCCUGUUAUUACAGUAAAAGCUGAUGUUAAGCAUUUGCCGGAAAGCAGUACAGAUAGAAGCGAGGGUGAAACUAGUAAAGACCAGCAUCCCCAACCAAACAGACGGAGAUAGUAUGUAAAUGGGUACCGUCUACUUUCAUUUUUACACUCAAAUUCUAGAAGCUCAGAUUAUCCAUUGAUUAUACUCCCUCAAUUUUCUCACCCUGUAACUUUAUUUUCUACAAAGUAAUAUAUUUGAGUCCACAAUAUCCCUAUUUAUUCAUUCAAUUUUCUCCCAUCUUUUAUAAAUAUCCUGCCUGCUGCUUAGGACCCAUUUGUAAAGUGAGACUUUUUCUUCCCUAGUUGAAUCAAAUUUAUUAUGGAAAGAAUUAACAUAUUCUACUUCA